AUGGAGUUGUAUCCUGGAUUCUCUUUAUACCGCGCCUUGUAUGAGUUCUCCAACUAUGCCGUUCAGGGAAGCUUGAAUAGGAACGCUGGGAUGAAGUGGGAAGACUUCAGUAGUAAUGGAAUGGAUGAAGUUUUCGCCAUCAUCAUCCUUGAGUGGUUUCUUGCACUCAUUGCAGCAUACUGUAUGGACCGAGUUUCUUUAUCCGUGAAAGACCCUUUUUCAUAUUUUAAAAACCCUUUCAAGAAAAGUCCUUCUCCACAAAGAACUAGCUUGGAACAACAAGGCUCUGAAGUUUCUGUAGAAAUUGAGAGACUAGAUGUCGCUCAGGAGAGUGAAAAAGUUGAGCAUAUGAUGCUUGAGCCAAGCACAAGAUAUGCCAUUGUAUGUGAUAAACUAAAGAUGGUGUAUCCAAGUAGAGAUGGGAACCCACCAAAAGUGGCAGUUCGUGGGUUAUCUCUCGCUGUACCUUUAGGAGAAUGCUUCGGCAUGUUAGGACCUAAUGGUGCCGGAAAGACUUCCUUCAUCAACACGAUGAUUGGGCUUGUGAAACCAACAUCAGGUUCAGCGUUUGUUCAAAGUUUAGAUAUAUGCAAAGAUAUGGACAGAGUUUACACUAGCAUGGGCGUAUGCCCACAACACGACUUGCUCUGGGAGACGUUGACAGGAAGGGAACAUUUACUGUUUUACGGAAGACUUAAGAGUCUCAAAGGCUCUGAUCUAAACCAAGCUGUAGAAGAGUCUCUUAAGAGUGUGAACUUAUUUGACGAUGGAGUUGCUGAUAAACCUGCUGGAAAAUACAGCGGAGGUAUGAAAAGACGGCUUAGUGUAGCUAUUUCACUUAUUGGGAGUCCUAAGGUGGUCUAUAUGGAUGAGCCGAGCACAGGACUUGAUCCAGCUUCAAGAAUGAACUUAUGGACAGUCAUUAAAUGUGCAAAGAAACAUACUGCGAUCAUCCUCACUACUCACUCAAUGGAAGAAGCAGAGUUUCUUUGCGACAGAUUGGGGAUUUUUGUAGAUGGAAGGUUACAAUGCAUAGGGAACUCAAAAGAGCUAAAGGAAAGGUAUGGUGGAUCCUAUGUGUUAACGAUGACAACAUCAUCAGAACAUGAGAAAGAUGUGGAGAGGUUUGUUGAAAAUGUCUCUCCAAACGCCAAGAAGAUAUAUCACAUCGCAGGCACACAGAAAUUUGAGAUCCCAAAAGAGGAAAUCCGAAUCUUGGAGGUGUUUCAGGCGGUGGAGAAGGCAAAAAGCAGUUUCAGAGUGUUUGCCUGGGGACUUGCGGACACAACUCUUGAAGAUGUUUUCAUCAAGGUUGCUAGAACUACUCAGGCCUUUAAUGUCUUCUCUUGA